GGUUGUAGAUGGUUUGGAGGACAGAUAAUCUUCUGGCAUGGGAUAUACUCUUAACUAGCUAUUUUUCUCAAAAUGGGGGGGGGGCAGUGUUGAAGAUUUGGGCAGGUUAGACCAAUUUAAGAAAAUCUUCAAAUAAAAAAAGCUUCUGUCUCCAACUUAAGCCUUAUGUUAGAAAUACGUUUCCAGAAAACAAAUGUCAGAGAGUAGGCACUCAUGCUAAAAGCUAGAUGCUUUUGAUCCAAACUUAGGAACCCCUUCCUACCUUUCCUGGAAAGGACUGCUACAUGGGUUGCAAAUAUGAAUGAUCGAUUCAUUUUCUGCCCAGAUAUGAAAAUCUAUUCAUAACAAAAUUCUUCUGUUUGGGCAGAGGAAAUGGUCACUGGAAAGAACAAACAAAAAGCCGGCCAGGAAUCCAUAAAGCGCCAUUGUUCCAUGAUGUUCUCUACCAAGACAGCAGCAUUGUGUGUUAGGCUACAUACAAUUGUGUGCCACACGGUUUAAGCUCAGUGCUCAGUGUCGGUUAAGCUGGGUAGGAGAUCCUCGUGGAGUUUAGCAGACCCUGCUGAAUGACCCUGUCGGAUGCUGGCAGUCGGGGCCAGGUUCGCCUUAGUGAAGUGAGCUCCAUGAGCUAAGGCUGCAGUGCCCGGCUGGACUAGACAUUUGCAAAGAGACAGCAGGGACUGGCUGACAGUGCCAAUUCUAAAAAGACCCUUUUGAGCAGAAUGACAAGCUGCUACAGGACUCCAGCAACAUCCUCACUCCUAAGCAGGCAAAGAAGAUGAGCAGGUUAGCAAACAAACCCUGAUCCACCUGAUCCACUCCUGCUUUUUGAUUUACAGGAAAAAAAAAAGUGUUUGGUAACUCCAGCUGCCUGAACAGAAAUGACUUUCUGAGCAGCAGAAGCCCUGACUGGAAAAAGGCUCUGGGGGUCACGGCGGGAAGGAGGGCUGCCAGGCCUCAGGCUUGUGUGUGAAGGGCCCAUAUGGAAUAACAACGGUAUAAGCACUGCACCCGGAAAUAGCAAGAGCAUGUUCAGAAGACAGUUACCGUGUAUGGACAGAGGGAACUUUGUUUACCUUCUUAGUGAAAAGCUCAUUUUAAGGAUUUAAGAUUUGCUGAAAACCCAGUUUUUUUCCCCACUUGUUUUCAAAGGAGGAAUCUCCUUUAAAUACAGUACAUGAAAAAUGACAAUAUCCCUAUUGUCAGGGAUAUAUAUAGAGAAUAUAUAUAUAUAUAUAUCAUAUACAGAGAAUAAAUCUGCAAACCAUAUUCCAUAGGAAAAGGGAAAUGAGGCUCCAGACAUGGAUUAUUAGGCAAUGGGGAUGUUUUUCUCUACGUUUUAACAUACUUUCCAGGCUUAGAACCAUGGGCCGUGGCUGUGCCUGUUCUCUGUUCUGCAUGAACACUGGUGGGCGUGCAGGUGCCCAUCCUGGGACCAAGUUCUGCGUUUUCACCCCUGCUGCCAUCGCUGCCACUUCCAUGCCAAAUGUCAACUGUGAGAGGCGAACACUGGCCCAUUCUUUAUUGAAGGAGAAAGUAUGUAAAAAGAAAGAACUGGGUAAAGCCUGUGGGUACAAGCUACAAAGCCCUUUUUUGCUUCUUAAGAGAUUUCCUCUAUCCUUCUAUUUCUAAAGCUUUUCUAAGUUGGAAAUUUUCAAAUGUGAGAUAGCGUUAGAUCCAGGCCAAAAGAGGGUUUUGUAAAACACUGAAUGAUGAUCAGAGAAAGGAAUAAUGAGCCUUGUUAAAAGCACAUUCAGAAGGAUGCCAAAAUAGACUAGAGCCUCGUAUAAACAGCGUGGAUUGCAGUAACAGGCCUCCCUGUGAGUGGAGAGUCUUAUUCCCAACUCUCUUUGCCUACCUUAUGCUCACCCCACGGUUAUAUAACCUUUAGAAUGGAAUCUGGAAAUUCUUCUGACCCUGCCCUGCUUGCUUAUAGAGCAGAGCCAGUGGCUGGCAGGGGUACAAUCUAAUAGGCAAAACUGGAAACACACAAAUUCAGUCCUCUUGUCUUAGCCCAGAGACUGUGCAGGCAAGGAAAGAAAGACUGCCCCUGUCUCUCUCCUCCCCUCCUCUGGCCUAAGUUUACGCUGACUUCACCCAACAGGCACCUGACCCUCCCAGAUGAGCUGGGAGGGGCUAAAGCGCUAUGCACGGCCAUGGUAGGGGUGGAGGUGCAGGCAGAAAACAAUAUUUAAGAUGCUGAGUUUGUCGAGCAUUCAGUCUUGGGAAGGAAGGCUAUAGGAUACCCAAUUAAGCUGCGCGUUCAGAAACUCAAGUUUUGAGAAAGGCUAAGAAAGAGCAAGGGGAGAGGAACAACAAAGUGCUAAGUCCACCAAGAGCGAAAGGGCUAGGUUCUAAUUUGCCGCAGCUCUGCACGCCUCAGCUGGACACAGCCAGAUUGCCCCAGAGGAAGAGCCUUCCUCAACCAGGCCCACGAAAGAUGCUGAAAGAGACUCUCUCGGCCGUGGCCUGGCUCUGCAUUUUCACUGUGGCCUUUGUCAGCCACCCAGUGUGGCCACAGAAGCCCCCUAAGCGCAAGACACCUGUAGAGCGCACCGUGGCCGGCUGCUGUGAGGAGGCGAAGGAGCUCAGGGCCCAAAUUGCCAACCUAAGCAGCCUGCUGAGCGACCUGAGCAGGAAGCAGGAAAGGGACUGGGUCAGCGUGGUCAUGCAGGUGAUGGAGCUGGAGAGCAAUUCCAAGCGCAUGGAGUCGCGGCUCACAGAGGCCGAGAGCAAGUACUCCGAGAUGAACAAUCAGAUGGGCAUCAUGCAGCUGCAGGCAGCGCAGACUGUCACCCAGACCUUGGCAGAUGCCAUCUACGACUGCUCGUCUCUCUACCAGAAGAACUACCGCAUCUCUGGAGUGUAUAAGCUUCCUCCCGAUGACUUCCUGGGCAGCCCUGAGCUGGAGGUGUUCUGUGACAUGGAGACUUCAGGUGGUGGCUGGACCACCAUUCAGAGAAGAAAGAGUGGCCUUGUCUCCUUCUACCGGGACUGGAAGCAGUACAAGCAGGGCUUUGGCAGCAUCAGUGGGGACUUCUGGCUGGGGAACGACCACAUCCACCGGCUCUCCAGGCGGCCAACCCGGCUACGUGUGGAGAUGGAGGACUGGGAGGGCAACAUGCGCUACGCUGAGUACAGCCACUUUGUUUUGGGCAAUGAACGGAACAGCUACCGCCUCUUCCUGGGGAACUACAGCGGCAACGUGGGGAACGAUGCCCUUGUCUAUCACAACAACACAGCCUUCAGCACCAAGGACAAGGACAAUGACAACUGCUUAGACAAGUGUGCCCAGCUCCGGAAAGGUGGAUACUGGUACAACUGCUGCACAGACUCCAACCUCAAUGGUGUUUACUACCGCCUUGGGGAGCACAGCAAGCACCUGGACGGCAUCACCUGGUACGGCUGGCAUGGGUCUAGCUACUCCCUCAAACGAGUGGAGAUGAAAAUCCGCCCAGAAGACUUCCAGCCGUAAAAAGAAGCCUGCUCUGGAGCAGGGCUGGAGAAGUGGAGACAAACGGAGGCUGGGAAAAGGCAGAGGAGGAGAGGAAGGGAGUAUAAAAAGGGCAGAGACAGAAAAUGGCCGAUCAUCUUCAGUGAGAGAGUAAGUCUCUUAGGAGAACCAAAAAAUCUAUGUACUGAGGAUGUUACAGUAAAUGGGAGGAAGUAUUUAAUUAAACACAGUGGGUCCAGACACAGACUUCUCAGGGGGCUGGCCUGAGUGGGCUGUCUGCCUGUGAUCCCUGACAUAGCAGCAGCUUCUUUUCCACAUGAUUUUUCUGUGAAAGAAAAAUAAUUGUGAGUUCACUUUAAGCAUUUUCCUUAAGGCCUAGGUUACGUGAGGGCAGAAAAUAAAUGCCUUUGCUGAAAAGGACCGGAUUAUUUUGAUUCUCUUGGGUGUUAGAGAAAGGAGUGAAGAGGGUGGUGGAGGAGAGGAGUUUCUGCUUUUAAAUCCAAUGAAAUUAUCUUCAGUCUACACAAUUUUUUUUUUAAAGACAAAAAUUUUUCUGCUGGAGGUGAACGGACCCAGGCUGGAAUUGACUGGAGGAAACUCCAGGGCUCUGGGCCUUGCAAUUGGCCUCUGAGCACCUCCCCUGCUCGGCCUCGGUCAGGGCCCAGCACUGAGAGGCAGGAAGUGGGUCCAGUGGUGGCAGGAGCUCCAGUGGGAGGGGAAGAUAAGUCCCUGUGGACGCUUGCAAAAAACUGCCUUAAAAUCUUCACAGUCAAUACAGAUUUGUCUAUUUUUAUUUACUUUGUAAGAAAAGGGCUCAAAGAGCUUCCUCUUUUAUCUCAUCUAUAAAAAAAUGGCUGAAACAGGAAGUUAAAUGGCACUAUGGUUAAGAAAUAAUUCACGCUGUAUAUAAGCAUUUUGCUUUGUAGAAAUACAACAUUGUAGUUCGUUUUAAACAUUCAAAGUUUUUUCUUCCUUCUACAAUAAACUCUUUUAAACCUCGUUUCUCUUAAAAUUAUUACUAUUACCACUGAGAGCAUGGUGGAAAGUUUUAAGUGAAAAAUCAGAGAGUGAGCCGUGAGAAAGAGACUCUGAGUGUGUUGCAGUCUUCAGGGAAACCAAGGGAGGAGCAGGAAGCCAAAGACGAAAAAGCGAGGGACAAAAAGCGCAGCAGCAUACACUGGAAGAGGUCAGACUCUGUCUGACCUCCACCCAACCACCACAGAGGCCAGUGCCACCCCUGGCUUCAAAACACUUUGCAAACCAACACUCCUACUUUCUACUUGAGCAAACUUACAUAUACGCAGAGGGAAAAGAAACAUCUUUAGUCAUAACAGAUGUCAAAUAAGUUUGACCUUCAGGAAGCAAUUUUUCCUUGUAAAAAAGAACCAUUCACUUGAACUAGUCAGUGUAAGGUAAGCAUAAUUCUCGAACUCACUAUUUUCUACUGUACCUAUAGUCCUUUGAUUGUUGGGAACCUACUUAACCUUAAAAACAAGACCCUCAGGAUUUUCAAAGAAGUAAAGUGAGUAGAGAAGAAGUACACUGGAAUAGGUCUUCCCAUGGGACAGGCAGUCAGACAGAAACUUCCUAAGGCAGGCAGGGGAUCUGAGAUGUUCGUGGGCCAGCACAGUACUGCUUGGAGAGAGGAGAAAAAGACUGGGGGUUAGGAGAUGAAGAGAAGGAAGAGCACAAGAUGCCUAGGGCAGAAGUAGCUUAUAAUUUUCUCUUAUCAGCUAUACACCCCACAACUAAAGAAAAUUGAGGCUCUAGGCAACAAAAGCUAAAAUAAAUUAAGUGGGACUACCUCAAACUAAAAAGCUUCUGCACAGCAAAAGAAAACAAUCAAUAAAUUGAAAAGACAA